GUAGUUUGCAUCAAUUGAACUUGAAGCAUUUUAAGGCAGAGAGAAAAGCUAUCAAAUCUGACCAACACCACAGGAAAAAAAAAAGACUUUUGCAGGAAUCUCUCUGGCAACAUUCGUAAAUCUUUUGCUGUCACAGGCAACAUGCAGAAGAAAACCAUCAAGAGGAUUUCUCCCACCUCUCAGAAUUAAAGAGGAAAACAGUUCAGCUAUAAGAUAUCCUUAAUGAACCUUUUUGCACUGCUGAUCUUAUUAUUUUUCACUCCAACCGAUAACCUGGAAUUCUGUGUCGUAAUAAAAUAUUCUUGAGCCAAAUGGAUUUCAUCUUCACAAGUAUUGGAGAUUGUUUUUAUUUUAAUGUUUGGUAUGCGAGACCUGGACUGAAGCAUCAGUGGAGAUUUCUGAAUGGGGUGAAUCCUUGAGACUCAAGAAAUAUGUGACUGAUUUUUAAUAUGAGCAUCUGCAUUACUCUGCUGCUGAAACUAUGCUCUUGAGGAAAAGAUGCAGGUGCGGAUCACGGAAACUGCAGUUUCUCUUGUUGCUUCUAGUCCUCACCUUCUUUCUCUUGAUGAUAACAAUGCGAAAUCCAGCAGCUAAACACCUGAGCAAGGAAGGAACAUCUCUGUUAGCAAACUACAACCCCAAAGAGGGAUACCAGGUGGCUUUUGGACAGCCUCAAGAAAUCUUAGACUCUCAAGAGAAUAGCCAGUAUUUCCCCAUGGAGGGACUGUCGCCCUUCAUCUCGUUAAGGGAGGAUGAGCUCCUGGUGGCUAUAGAGGUGCCAACAGCCAAGAGGAACCAUAUCAAAACUAGGAAAGGGUACCGGAUGGUCAGGCAGCAAAGCAGAAGGCAGAAAGAGAAUAAGCAGACGCAAGACCCAAAGUUCCUGCUCCAAUCCCUUCCCUUGCAGGCAGGAGAACAGGCUGAUGCAGGUGAACAACUGCUUAUUGCUGGCCUAGAAGUUCAUGGGUUUAAUGAAGCACUCAGCCAACAAAUCCCUCUGCACAGGGAGCUUCCUGAGGUACGGCAUCCUUUGUGCCAGCAACAAGGAUACAGUUCCAAUCUGCCUAUGGCUAGCGUCGUCAUCUGUUUCCAUAAUGAAGCUUGGUCAACUCUCCUGAGAACUGUUCAUAGCAUCUUGGAUACAGCCCCCAGGGCUUUUCUCAAAGAAAUCAUCCUUGUAGAUGACCUCAGUACAGAAGGAUACUUAAAGUCAUCCCUGAGUGAACACAUCUCUAAGCUGGCAGGUGUGAAAUUGAUUAGGAGCAACAAACGACUAGGGGUCGCCCAGGGUCGUAUGCUUGGUGCUGCACGAGCAACGGGGGAUGUUGUGGUCUUCAUGGACUCCCACUGUGAGUGUCUCAGAGGAUGGCUAGAACCUCUGCUGGACAGACUAGCCAGUGACAGGAGUCGGAUUGUCUCUCCUGUCAUAGAUGUAAUUGACUGGAAGACUUUUCAGUAUUACCGCUCUGUGGAGUUGCAAAGAGGUGUUUUUGACUGGAAAUUAGAUUUCCACUGGAAGCCACUGCCAGAAUGUGAAGAGAAAGUGCAGCUGUCUCCCAUCAGUCCCAUCAGGAGCCCAACGAUACCUGGAGUAGUAGUAGCUGUGGACAGACAUUAUUUCCAAAAUACAGGGGGUUAUGACUCCGAUAUGAUUCCAUCAGGGGCUGAAAAUCUUGAGCUUUCUAUAAAGACCUGGCUUUGUGGUGGAUCUGUAGAAAUCCUCCCAUGCUCACAUGUGGGACACGUCUAUCGAGCAGGAAUUCUGUACAACUUUGACAAUGAAGAUGCUAUAGAGAGGAACAAAAUCCGAAUAGCUGAGACUUGGUUGGAUUCAUUUAAAGAUCUCUUUUAUGAACAGAACAGGAAUGUGUUUUUAAUAAGCAAGCAGGCUGGGAGGCCAAAUUGUACUGAGUGUUUUCAGCUGCGAAGAAGACUGGGAUGCAAAGGUUUCCAGUGGUUUAUUUCAAAUGUAUAUCCUGAACUUCAUCCAGUACAACGUAGAACAAGAUUUUCAGGCAAGCUAUACAACUCUGGUGUUGGAUUCUGUGCAGAGUAUAAAACACAACAGGAUGCUGCUGGUGGAUACAUUCAAUUAUCCCCCUGUAAUAACCAUAUUAACCAGCACUUUGAAUACAAUGGCAUGAAGGAAAUCUCUUUUGGUUCUGCACAACAACUUUGCUUUGAUGUCAGGCAUGAAAAGGUUGUCCUUCAAAACUGUACAAAGGAGAUGGAAAUCAGCCCACAACACUGGGAUAUUAAAGAGAAUGGAAUGAUUGUCCACAUCCUUUCUGGUAAAUGCAUUGAGGGCAUGAAGACAGACUUGUGUUUGCGAAAAUGUAACAAGGAGGGCAAUAUGAUAUGGCAGUUUGAGCAUUCAUUCCAUGUCGAUGAAAGAUGAAUACGAAGAGCUCCCUGAAAGUGUUGUUAUUCAACUCGUUUCUUUCCAGUCUGGAUGAGAUGGAAAGAGGUCUGUGUAUCUUUCCCAAGCAGAAGACGGAUAAUACAGGGAACUCCAGCUUCAUGCAAUUCUACCCAAAGCUAACCAUGGUGAUUUGAUAUGGGAGUUGAUGCCUUGCUUUCCCCAGGAGAUGAGAUACAAAAUUAAGUGAAAUUAAGCCAACUUUAUGUAAAAUUCUACACACUUUCAAGUUUCCCAGAACUCUUCAUUCAGUGGAAUGGCAAGAUAUCAUAAAGAUUUCACUUACAUAGCUGGUAAACUUUGAGGUUUCUCGUUCAAGGAAAGCUGGGAAACAAAUGCCAGGAGACAAGUGUUUA